AUGAAUCUCCGAGGCGUUUUUCAAGAUUUCAACCCUAGGGCUGAGGGUGAGACCUGUGUGGAGUUUAAGGCCAUGCUGAUCGCUGUGGGGAUCCACCUCCUCCUGCUCACUUUCGAGGUGCUGGUGUGUGACCGUGUGCAGCGGGGUUCACACUUCUGGCUUCUGGUCUUCAUGCCGCUCUUCUUCGUCUCACCCGUCUCAGUGGCGGCGUGCGUGUGGGGAUUCAGGCACGACCGAUCGCUUGAGCUGGAGAUUCUGUGCUCUGUUAAUAUUCUUCAGUUCAUCUUCAUCGCUUUGAGACUGGAUAAGAUCAUCAGCUGGCCGUGGUUGGUGGUGUGCGUGCCGCUGUGGAUUCUCAUGUCCUUCUUGUGUCUGGUGGUGCUCUAUUACAUUGUCUGGUCUGUGCUCUUCCUGCGGUCCAUGGAUGUCAUUGCCGAGCAGCGGCGCACACACAUCACCAUGGCAAUCAGCUGGAUGACCAUAGUGGUGCCCCUGCUUACCUUUGAGAUUCUUCUCGUUCACAAGCUGGAUGGUCAUUACAACUCCAACUACGUCCCGGUGUUUGUUCCUCUUUGGGUUUCUUUGGUGACUCUAAUGGUGACAACGUUUGGCCAGAAAGGAGGCAAUCACUGGUGGUUCGGCAUUCGCAAAGACUUCUGCCAGUUUCUUCUUGAACUCUUCCCCUUCUUGAGGGAAUAUGGCAACAUAUCCUAUGACCUGCACCACGAGGACUCCGAGGUGUCCGAGGAAUUACCCAUCCACGAGGUGCCUAAAAUCCCUCCCAUGUUUCAUAAGAAGACGGGUGUGGUGAUCACCCAAAGUCCUGGCAAAUACUUUGUGCCGCCGCCCAAACUGUGCAUCGACAUGCCAGACUAACAUUCAAAACUCUGUCCUCGUUUGGCUGUUCAUGAACAGUAUAGCACUAUGCACUGGGCUCUGCUUCAGGACAUACCAUUUAA